AUGAACCGAGACACAUUCAAUGCACAGCCUCAGCAAAACUAUGCAGCAGACGGCUAUCAGCAAUCGGGUUAUUACAACAACAACCAACAGCAGGACAAUUCAUCAGCAGUAGACGACUAUCACAAGAGCAAUGAGAACACCAUUUACAAGUCGAUAGGACUGGACGAGCGUGAAAAGAGGACUUACGAACUUGUUGUAUGUCAACAGCCCCUUCAUGCUCGCAUGUGUGGAUUCGGCGAGAAAGAUCGAAGACCCAUUGAUCCGCCACCCAUUGUUCAGCUGAUCGUCAAACAGCAAGGACAAGACUCUCCCAUUGAUGUUCAAAUGCUCCAGAUACCUUUUUUUGUACUUCAUGUGACCUUGUGGUCCGACGACCGUUCAGAAGAGCGCAAUAUCAUUUCCAAUCCACCAAAAUGCACUCGAGUCCUGAUGGGAUCGCUUGUCAGCUCGCCCAGUUUGCUAAAGAACCCAGAGGGAGAACAGGGCUUGUAUUUUGCAUUUCCUGACCUCAGUAUCCGCACGGAAGGACGCUAUACAUUGCGUUUCAGUUUGAUGAAGUUGGUCAAUUCCGAUUUCCAAGAGAAUGCGAAAUCAAAGAUUGUUGCGCAAGUGUUUUCUGACCCAUUUACCGUGUAUUCUGCAAAGAAGUUUCCUGGAAUGACAGAAUCUACAGAACUAUCAAAGGCAUUUGCUAAGCAGGGCCUAAAGAUCCCUAUUCGCAAUGAUGUGCGCGCAAGGAAGGCAGACUAA